AAAAUUUGAUCGCCGAGGUUGUGUAGGUUGUGUUGGCUACACCUUCUGCAUUGGGCAUUUGGGCGCGUUGUUUGCAGCUGUUUGUUUGGCGGUCCUCGGAGUAGAGAUGAUACAACAAAAUCAACAAUAAUUCGAAUCACAUGCGAACAAGUCACAUUCUCAGGUUUAUAUAGAGUCAGACUUCUUGCCACACUUGUUCUCAAACUAAAAGUCAUAAUGGACAGAGAUAGACAUCUGGCUCGUAGACGGGCCAAAUAUCGUAAGCUCAAUAACGGAGCUAUUUUGGAACUUAACAACAUCUCCAGCUCAGAAGACGAAGCACAGCCAGGUCAUUUUGAAAGUGAUGAUAGUGACACGGAUGAAGACCAUGUUGAAAAUAACAGUGAUGGUGACACUGCAAAUGAAUAUGAAGCCUCAGACAUUUCAAAUGAAAGCGAGGUUGAUCUCAACAACAGAGAUGAAAGGGAUAUUGAUAAUGAUGAUGAUGAUGAAAACGACAACGACUUUCAAAAUGAGUCUCUAGAUGUGGAUUAUGAUAGUGAAAGCAGUGAAGGAUCUGGCGCUGAUGAGAGCCAAGAAAGUGAUGGCAAUAAUGACUCUGAUGAUGGUGAUUCCUUUGAAGAAUCUGAAGCCGAUGAAGAUGAUGAUGAUGACGAUGAUGGUGAUGUUGAAGGGCAAGAGCCAAUUUAUCCCGGGGCAUCAAUCACCUUACAUGAAAGCUUAUUAGCCAUCUUUACUGUAAUGUCUAACUGUCAUCUGCCCGGCAACGUAGUAGCUCAUAUUUUAAAACUUAUUGCCUUGCACUGUCCGGACAACAGCAGAGUAAAGAAAACUCUGUACACAUUUAAGAAAUAUUUUGCUAAAAUAGGACAAACACUUAUGGUAUUUCAUUAUUUUUGUGCUGAUUGCAUUUAUCCCCUCCAAAGUAAGUUAUCUGAAUGCCAAAAGUGUAGGAAAAGGGACAAUGCAUCUUACUUUUUGGAAUUGCCUUUAUUGAACCAGCUUCAGAAUCUAUUCAAACGAGAUAAGUUUUAUGAAAAUUUGCAGUUUCGGUUUAAACCUGACAGGAAACGCUGCAGUGAGAAUAUUGAAGACAUUUAUGAUGGUAGAGUUUACAAAGAAGAAGUUGAAAAGGGAUUCUUGAGUGACCCAUCAAAUAUAUCUUUUAUGUGGUAUUCUGAUGGUGUCAGUAUCUUUAAAUCAUCAUCGUUUUCAAUCUGGCCUCUAUGCCUUGUAGUGAAUGAGCUGCCUUACAAACUCAGAACUUUACCGGAAAAUAUUUUACUUGUUGGGCUGUGGUUUGGAAAGCACAAACCAAACCCAAAUAUUUUUUUGAGACCUUUGCACAAGACCAUGAACAAUUUUGAAAAGAAUGGCCUUACUUUCAAGCUGCCCGACAACUCUACAAUUCUUGUGAAAGGAAAAGUUAUUUGUGGAACUUGUGACCUCCCAGCUAAAAGUAAAUUUCUACAAUUCAAGCAAUUCAACUCCUAUUAUGGGUGUCCAAAAUGCCUAAGUGAGGGAGCUAGGGCUCCAACAGGAAAAACUACAGUACAAGUCUAUCCUUUCACUCCAAAUAUCGAGAAAAGGACUCAUCAAGAAACCGUACAAACUGCUCGACUUGCUCUGGAAGCUCGAAGGACAAAUAAGGAUGCAUCCAUUCUGGGCAUUAAAGGACCUACUCUCUUAGCUAAGAUUGUACCAGAUCUGAUACGCUGCACUGCAAUUGACAUCAUGCAUGGAGUUGCUUUGGGCCUUUGCAAAUUACUGCUUCAUCUUUGGUUUGCUUCUAAAUUUUCAAACAUGGAAUGGAGUGUGCAUCAUCUCUUUGAUUUGGCUGAUGAAAAGUUGCGAAAAUUUAAGGCGCCUAGCUUUUCUCAAAGAGCCCCUCGGUCUCUUAAAGAAAUGAAAUUUUGGAAGGCAUCGGAGUACAAGAUGUUUUUAAUGUAUUACUCUGUACCAAUUAUGAAGAACAUACUAGAUGAAGUUUACUUGAAGCAUCAUUGUCUCCUUGUGUCAGCUCUGUCUUUACUAUCUCAAGACAGUAUAUCUCUCUCUCAAGUACAAGCUGCAUCUGCUAUGUUACAGUCAUAUGUGUCAGACUUUCCAAGACUGUACCACAUUAGAUACUUAGGUAUAAAUGUGCACCAACUGAUUCACCUGCCUGAUGAGGUUAUUAACGUAGGACCCCUGUGGGUAUACAGUUGUUUUUUCCUUGAAAACUUCAAUGGAAAGAUCAACAAAUUCUUUCACGGGACACAAUGUGUUGCAUUGCAAAUUUGCUCUGCUGCCUCUAUGUUCAUGCAGAUACCAAUCUUUAAAAGAAGAUUACAACCUGAUUCACAGAUAAGUAAUUUCUUGAGUUCAGUUGAAAAUAGUUCCAAGCCUUUUAGGAUUGCUGAUGUAAUAGACAACUCUACUUACGCUGUGGGCUCCUACUCGUAUGAAUAUGAAACUGUUCGAGCCUCUGCGCUCACUGUCAGAAAUUUUUUAAACGCCCAGCAAGGAUCAUGUGCUGUCUUUUAUCGAUUGAAAAAACACGGAGUCAUGUACUUUUCAGCAGAGUAUGGGCGCUAAUCAAACAGAAGAGAAUCAAGUUAUGUUUUAUUUGAAAAUGACAACUCCCCUAAAUUGGGUCAGGUUUUAAGAUUUGCCAAGUGGUCGGAAUGCAGAGAUAUAUGUGACAUUGGAUGUCAAGACUGCCCUUCUACCUAUUUGGCCAUAAUUAAAAUAUUUAAUCGUCAACAUUGGUUCCUUCAUGAUAUGGGUCAUGUCAGACUUCCCUACAUGGCCAAAUGUGUUCCAACUAAUGAAGUUAUUGCAGUUGGAGUGCAGUCCAUCAAACACCUGUGCUUUUUUAUGGAAGCAAAUGAUGAAAUGUAUAUUGCAUACCCUGUAAAUAGACUUGAAGUAGAAUAAUGUGAGGAAUACUUAAAAUUAAGAACAAAUCAGGAAGAUCUUUAAUUUGAGGAGAAAUUUUUAUUUACUGAAAUACCAUUAAACUGUAAACAAACAUCUUUAUCAAUUUACAACAUUCUUCUUAGUUUACCUCAUUUUAUUGUUUGCAGACUAUUUUUGCAUACUAGUUUCUCUUUUAAGAUUUAAAGAAAAGUGUGUGUGUUUUAACCUGCUGAUUAGUCAGUGACAGUCCACCCUACAUGUUCACACAGUGUAAUAAAUUACCAGACCAUUUAGUAGUGAUUUACUGUUGUAAUUUUUAAAAAUGUGGUAUGGAAUAAAUAAGGGAAAGUAUUGAA